AUAUCAUUGCUGUCUAAAGUUUACAUUUUGGUAAAAAGUACUAUUCGUCAUCAUUUUUCUUUCCUGAAUAAAAAACCUUCAAAGCAUAUUUUAAGGAAUCCAUAAAUUCUUUCUCUUUCUUAUUGCUUUUCACUUGUUAGAGUAGUUAUCCAAAAUGGAAUGGUUAGUUAGAACUCGCUUGGAAAGCGUUUGCGUACAAAGAGACAAGAUUUUUGAACAACUUGCCAAAGUCCGUGAGUUGAGAAGAAAUCUUGGAAUGUUUCUCUCGAAAGCUCCUUCGCUCGUUCAGGUUAACGUGGGUUGUGACUUUUACGUUGAUGGUGAAGUUGACGAAGAAGCUCUUCUCCUUGUUGAUAUCGGAAAAGACUUGUACCUGGAAUUGCAACCACAAGAAGCCCUGGAAACCGCUAUUAUCAGAGAAAAUGUUUUAGAGAAAAUUGGCGAGUUUUAUACAAAGAGGUAAAGUAGAUGAAGUUUAUUCGCGUAAGUCCCUAACAAACAUCGGAAGAAUUGGAGAACUGGAUGGUUGGCUUCAAAUAUAUAACGUGGAAAACUAGAAGAAUUGUGCGAUUGUUCUUUCAAUUAUUUUUACAAAAGUGUUUGAACGUUGCUGAGCCUUACACCAUGUUGCACUUGUUCUCCUUUCUAGCUUUGUUGUUGAAUAUCUGCGGCGUAGUUACUGCCUUGAUGACCUUUGAUUUUUUUGAAUGAUAUUUGUCAGACUUCGAAGGUUAUUGUCAUAUUUUAACGUUGUCGAUAUUUUAAUGGUUUAUCUUCAUAUCGAUUUUUGGAAAGCCUAAUGGAAUAAGUUGGAUAUCGAAUUUCCUUGGCACACUAUUGACGAGAAUAUUAAAAAAUUCCACAGACAAGUGAACAUUAAAAAAUGAAUAAAGGUUGUUUGCCUUGCUGAGAUAUUAGACAACUGAGAUCACAACUAAAAGAACCUUUGCAAAAGUUGAGCAAAGGUACACCAGAUCAGUCAAACAGAUUCCCUGUCAAUAUUGUGAUGAAGCAUCUUUCUAUCAUUGCUUUUACUUGCAAACCAUUCAAUACCAAUUUAUAUUGCACACAUAACUAAAUAUUUCUUU